AUGUCCGAUGUGAAUGAUAUGGGUAAGAUGCUUCUUGGCAUCCAAGAACGAUUAUCAGGCCUAAAAGAUACCUUGAAAACCCUGGAUACAACCUACAUUCCACAAAUUACUGCAAUUUCUUCCCAAAUGGAAAAAGUUCAAACCAAUUUAAAGCAACAAUCAGAGCAGUUGCUAUUCAAAGUUAUUAAUGGCGAUACUACCCAAGAUGUUUCAGGCCAAAAGCAUCCCAAAAGAAGCUCACUGUCUGCUGCUGGCGAGCUCCAUAUGAAACCUCCAAAAUAUUCAUAUGUUUCCAAAGCUUCUUUAAACAGGAAAUCAUCAGGACAAAAAUCAUUUAAAAAAUCAUAUGACGAAGAUGUCCCUUGCAUAACUGAAAACGACAUAACAAAAGGAAUGUUUAAUUUGAUAAAUCGAGGAGUUAUACCCAAAGAUGUUGAUCUUACCCCAGCAUUUACUCGAGGUGCUGCACCAUUUGUAAGCAAAACAAUGACAGUUUAUCCUGGGAACUUGAAGCCUCAGCAGGUUUUUGUAAAAUCAGAAGAAAUGAUGCCACCUCAGAAUUUCCGAUUUGAUUUCACAGUUUCAGCGAUCCCAAAAACGACGAAUAUGAAUAUUAAGCAGCUUAAAACUAGUAAUUAUGAAAUACAGUUUGAAAAACAAAAUACCUCGCUUACUUCAAAAAUCUCAGAAACUGACCCAAACCCUAGAGGCUAUAAUGAGCUUAUGGACACUUUUUCAUCUCACUUCUUCAUAAUUAGAAAAGGGGUUACCUUAGACACCACACCUGAGUUUAUAUCUUAUCAGAGAACAUAUGUAAAAAUAUGAGAAAAAAUAGCUCCAAUAAUUAGGACUAUUGAGAGUUUUCUAGCAAAUUUUCAGGUACCGAAGGCAAUACUAGAUGGUAAAAAAAUAGUUGAUUUAAUAGGAAGAAGAAUAAUUGAAGAAGAUAUCAUGGACUGCUUUGUUAAUAAAGAAGAAGUGAGGAUUUAUAUAAAGAUCCCAAGGAUUCAGUUUCAAGGAGAGUCUGGAAAAGAAAAGGCCGCAGUUGUUAUACAAAGCAUGUGGAGAAUGCACAAGGCAAGGACAGCUUACUUGCAGCUUCAAUUUUUGAUGAAAAAAGCAAGCUGCAUUCAGAGAGCUUUUCGUAGAUUUAUGGAAGUAAAAAAUACUAGGAGGAAAACUGCUAUGGUAUUUAAAGAUAAACUAGCUGUUUGAAAACAAUUGCAGCAGAAAUUCAAAGAAGAGUGGCCAGUGAUAUCACAGAAAAAGAGACUGGAAAUACAUAUUAGUUCUCUUUCAAUAGAUGAAGCUAGAAGAGUCACAAUGCAAAAGUUUUUAGUUAGGCAGAAUUUGCAAAUAUCAAGGAUAUUCAAAGUACAGGACCCAAAUAUUGAUAUUUUGUAUAUAAGUGCUUUUGAAAUGACUCCAGAAAUUGUGAGCUAUUAUAUGAAAAUUUUGGAAUUGGGAAAUAUUGCUGACCCUAUUUCAAGGCUUAACUUGGUUUCUCCUGAUCUUGGAAAACACAUUCCAACACAUAUUUCAACCACAAAAGCUGUAUUAUUUUCACCUAAAACCAUUGCAAGGCUUAAGCAUUUAGUAAAGCGUAGAACUGCAUAUAUUGUCCCUGGCAAUGUCAGUAAAGAUGAAAUUGAGCUUGCAGUCAUGCUAGGAGUCCCUAUACUAGGUGGAGACCCAAACAAAGCUGCAUUAUUUUCAACAAAAUCAGGCAGCAAACGAAUAUUAACGUCAGCAGAAGUCCCAGUCCCUCCUGGUGCUUAUGAUAUCUAUGAUGAAAAAGAAUUUAUGGCCACACUUACACGGCUAAUUGCAAAUAAUCUCAAUAUUGAUGUUUGGCUGUUUAAAAUAGACAACGAAUUCAGUGGAAGAGGCCAUGCUAGCCUAGACAUAAUGCAAUGUAAAUAUAUAAAAAAUUUGAGGAAAUCCUCUGAUGAGCUUAAUGAAGAACAGCAGGAAAAAAUUUAUCAUUAUUUAACAAAAGCUCUGAGUAAAAAAGUAAAAAUAGCAGUUCCUUCAUUGUAUUCGAAUUGAAGAGAAUAUAUGAAAGAAUUUGUAAGGGUAGGAGGUGUAAUUGAAGCGACUCCUCUGUGUCUUCCAGCAAAUGUUGGAAGCGCUUGCGUUUGCUUUUGCAUUGAGCCUGAUGGAAAUGUGGUACUUUCAGGGGCUUAUGAUAAACUUGAAGCUAGAAGAUAUGUGACAGCAGGAUAUAUGUUUCCUCAAAAUUCACUGCCAAACAUGAACUUUAAAAUGCUGGCUGAUUCUAUUGGAAAGGUAUUAUACGAGAAAGACAUAUUUGGGUAUGUGUCAGUUGAUUUAGUUUCAUUCCCAGACCCAUCAGGAAAUUCACCUCACCCACUCUUUUGGGCAGUCGAUCUAGACUGUCAACUCUCAGUGUCUGGCUCUGUUAUGCCCUUUUUUGAUUUUUUAAUGGAAGGCUCUUUAGACAUGGUUUCUGGGCACUAUCAUAUAGACCAUUCAAUUGACCAAAAAACCACUGAAAGAUGUUUUAUGUAUCUUCCUGUAAUUGAGCACCCUGGGAUUAGCAAAGUUUUAUAUAAAACCUUCUUUUAUAUGUGUAGAGUCCAAGGUAUCAGUUUUGAUCUUGAACUGAAAAAAGGCACUACUUUUAUUCUCCCCGACUGCAUCCAAUCAUCAGUCAUAGGACUCCUCACAAUGGGUGGCUCCCCCUUAGACUGUUCCAAACUCCUGCUAAACAGCUUAAAAUUCGUAGAAACCCAAGCAGGCGACUUGCCACUCCUAAAAGACGAAUCCCGCGACGACGCAAUUUCUUUUUCAGAAAUCCUCUCAAUGGUCAAACUUAUCAACAAAAAGCUGACACCAAAACCUAAAAGAAAAUAA